GCCCAUAUAAAAUGGAUUAUUUUGAUGGGCUCGUUCAUUUCAAAUUCAGUUCCCAUGGGAUCGAGUGGAUUAAACGCGUUUGGAAAUUUCAAUCUGCCAAGUACGACUUCCUUUUUCAAGCGGGACCUAACACCGCCUUGAUAGUCCUCUGAAACUCAACCAUCGAGCAACAAAGAUAUAUCGUCAAGAUGUGGUGAAAACUCACCAAAACAGGAAACAUUUUCGAGCUCACCAGAAUCAUCAACAGCAAGUAUGACUGUCGAAAAAAAUUUAUCCCAGGGAAAUACUCUUUCUAAAAGAGAACUUUUUAUCCUUUCCAUGUCUUCAUGUCCACCUCUUGCACCUUUAUCCACAGUUGCUUCGCUCGUUCUGGUUUUAGCCCUCAUCUAUGGGACGCUAUGGGGACUUUUAGGACCUCCGGUACUGCCGGGGGGCGAAAUAUUUGCUCUUUUUGUAUUGAGCAUUUUGGCUUACUUAAGCGGACAAGUCAUGAAAAUAGUAAGAGUUCCUACACUUGUAGGUAUGAUGAUCCUCGGUUUUAUUCUACGCAAUGUGCCACACAUUGACAUCGCAAAAGAUAUUUCCGGUGAAUGGGCCGGAAAUAUUCGAAAUAUGGCGUUGGUCUUAAUUCUUCUUCGAGCUGGUCUCGAAGUGGACAUAGACGUUCUAAAGGAAAACAAAUUGACCUGUUCGAAGUUAAUAUUUAUUCCAUUCAUCUUUGAAUGUUGCGCAGGCGCCGUCGCUUCCCGUUAUUUGUUGAGCUUACCUUGGUUGUGGAGUUUCCUCUUGGGUUUUUUGUUAUCUGCUGUGUCUCCAGCUGUUGUUUUGCCUGUUAUGCUAAAAUUACUGAAGAAAGGUAUUGGAACAAAUGGCAUUCCCACUAUGGUCAUAUUAGUUGCUGGAAUUUGCGAUGUCCUGGCGCUUACGGGAUUUGAAGUUGUUUUGGGAGUUACUUUCUCAACAGGUAGUCUAGGAUGGACUAUAGCUAAAGGGCCAUUAGAAGUCCUAGUGGGCUUAGUGUAUGGAAUUGUUUUGGGCUUAAUCUCGUGGUAUUUACCAAAUCCUGAAGAGAAAAACAAAAAUGUAUUCCGCUUCAUGAUCCUGUGCUUCGGUGCAAUGUUUAUUUUGUUCGGCAGUGCGGCAGUGGACUGGGGUGCUGCGGGGGCCGUGGGUUGCAUUUGCUUGCCCUUCGUUGCUGCAAUACGAUGGAAACAGGACGAUUGGGAGGAGAAUAUGGUUGAAGGUGCCCUAACAUUUGUGUGGAGAAUUAUAGAGCCAUUUCUAUUCGGACUUGUCGGCUCCGAAAUUAGAAUAGAUUACUUACAGCCAAGCACAGUAGCCCUUGGUUUAACUACAUUGCUUGUAGCGCUGGCGUUGCGGAUGCUUACGUCACUGUUAACGGCAUGGUGUAGCAGUUGGAACGCAGCAGAUUUCACUCGAAAAGAACAAGUUUUUGUCAUGAUUGCAGGGGUGCCCAAAGCAGUAGUACAGGCUGCAAUAGGUCCUGUACCCUUAGCAUUAACAAUAAAAUAUGGACUUGGGCCAGAGAUGGAGCAACAUGGAAUAGCGAUUUUAACAGUGGCUGUGCUCGCCAUUCUGAUCACAGCACCCCUUGGAGCAACAGCAAUUUCUGUACUUGCACCAAGACUCCUUGCCAACAGUAAUGAAAAAGACCCAAACAUAAAAUCAAUACCAGAGACCAAAAUCAGCAUUGCCGAUAUAGAAAAUACCCUUAACAAUUUGAAAAAGAAGGACAGCUGUUUAUCAAAUUCAACAAUAGGGAACAACAGUACGUCUUAUUACAUUGAAAGGCUUUGAGAGAGAACUUCUUCUGAUUUUAGUAUAUCCUGUAAUAUAGGUUCAAUUUCUUACACAUUUUGUAAUUUUCUUUCAUUCAUCAUGAAAAAUACAAAACAAGGGCAAAAAGUGCAAAUACUUUUGUUUUGUUAGUUAUACUAACAACAGCAAAUUAACAUCAGGCUCUGUAAAUACAUAUCAUUUGGCACCAAUAAAUAAAUAAUGGAAUACAAUAAUUUGACAUUCAUUCAAAGAGCAAACAACAGUUAACAAAAAUAGUAACGGUAGAAACUAACAUAUUGCAAAAAUCUCGAUCAUAAUU